CAAAAAAUAACAAAAAUGUCUGACGUGGAAAUGGAUGGCGGUGUCGCGCUCGGUGACCAACUCGUCGAUCAAACCAACGCAAUGGAUAUCCAGUCGCCGCCCACAACCUCAAAAACCGCAGCAUCCAUGACAGAAUCCACCCUCUCGAGCAGACGACCCGUCAACGUCGAGAAACCCACCCCUUACACCUUCGAUCUCGGCAACCUCCUCGCCAACGACCCCAACCCCGUCGAACUGACCAGCACCUCGAACUUGGAAGAAACCCUCUCAGCCAACGCGCGCGACGCCGCACAAGCUCUCAUAAACCAGCUUCUUUCCACUUGCGAGCUCAAAUCCACAACCGAAGGCGUGCACCUCGUCCUCCCACAGGCCUCGACCCCACUGCCCCGCGAGAAACCUAUCCCUGCUGAAAAGGCGCCCACGAAAUGGGAGCUAUUCGCCAAGAAGAAGGGCAUCGAGAACAAGAAGCGCGAUACGAAGCUUGUGUACGAUGAGGCGACGGGCGAAUGGGUGCCCAAGUGGGGUUACAAAGGAAAGAACAAGGAGGGCGAGAACGAGUGGCUUGUUGAGGUCGACGAGAAGAAGGAGAAAGAGACGGGCGUUGCGCACGAUGCCAGAUCGGAGAGCAGGGCCGCGAGGAAGGAGAGGGUGAGGAGGAAUGACCGGAAGCAGCGAUCGAAUGAGAGGAAUGCUAGGAAGACUACCUAGAAGAGAGGGAUUACAUACAGAUUCGAUGCCGAUGUUAUGAUUGGUUCAUAUCUGCCUCUUCUCUUCUUUUUUCGGCUUUUUUAUAUUCGAAUCUAUAGUCGGGUUUCUCUACUGCAGCUCUUUGGAAUCGACUAAGAGAUGUAUGUAUGUAUGCAUUGGGCGGCGUUUUGCGGCGUGGGGAACCAAAAAAGUGGGAGAUGUUCUUACCCUUGAUCUUUUAGAUUCGGAUGAACCAUAAUCUGCGGUCGAUAAUUCAAUUUCCAAGAAAAUAAGGAAUCCUUUUAAACUCGGUUCAUGGCUCGGAAUCACUUGUAUGUUCGAAGUAGGGAAUGCAAUCACCCAUAGUUCUACGUCUAC